GGUUUGAACAACAUCCCAAUCUGCACUGUGAAUGACGAUGAGAUCCCACUUAGAAUGCUGACUAGCACUGGCCAGUUGAACUACUUAGAGAGGAAUGAGACACCUUUAACCAAAUUCAGUAAUCCGCCCAGCACUGCAGCCCUGGAGAGCCCCACCCGAGGGCUGUCACCAGUCCGGAAUAAAGUUCCCUCAAGACCUCAGUCUGAGCCAUGUAGAAAUAUCAAUGAAUGCUUCAAAACUUCCUGCGACAAUCCCUUAGUGAUAAAGAAGGGUGAAUUUAAAGCCAAAAAGCCACUACUGCCUCCAAGGGCGGGCUCUGCGGCUGCUUCCGGGUACUCGGAAGUGAUGAGCACCAAGACAGAUGGGGAUGAAAACACUGUGUGCAUACCAAACUAUCUGGAGCAGGAGAUAAAGAUCCUGGCAAAGCUCAGUGACAUUUUACAUACCGAUUCCCUGGCUGAAGUUCUGCAGUGGCUGCUUCAUGCAAGCACCAAAGAAAAGGAGUGGGUAUCCGCUUUGGUUCAUUCUGAACUCUCUGACAUUAACCUGUUGACUCGCCAUGGAAGAAAUACCCCAGCAGACCCAGCAGCAGAGCCCAAGAAACCAUCCAUAGCUGCAACACCCACCACAACCAAAUCAAUGCAAAGCUCACCUGGCAAAGCGAAAGUGCUGACCAGAGCUAGAGAAGGACAUCAGCCCCCCAGAAUGUCAAGUCAAGGAUCCGAAGGCAAUAAGGCCGUAUCACAAGGGACUGAGACCCCAUUGUUUAUAAGAGGAAACAAGAUGAAAACACCUGUUACAGAAUAUUUCAGCAAACCAAAGACUCCUCUCAGGUCUAACACUCAUGACAGCAAAUCGACAAAACCAAUGUCAGCAAGGAGUGUGCAAGUGUACAGCCCUCAAAGGGCACUCUAUCCUUUAACACACCAAAGGUAGAAAUGGACACUGGCCAGUUCUUUCACAAAGAUGAGCUGCACACUGACAGAACAUCAAAAAUCAUUUUAAAAAUAACCAAACGGUCCUCUACAUGGUGGCACAUGUAAGUCUCAAAAACACAUGUACACAAUGCUAGAAAUAAAUAUUAAUGAAGACAUUA